AUGGAUUACGAGGCGUUGAAGGACCAGUGGAGCGAUGUCGAGGAUCGCGAUGGCGUCAGACUUAGCUGGAAUACCUUUCCAAGCUCGCGCAUGGAGGCAUCCCGCUUAGUUGUCCCCAUCGGAGCAAUGUAUACGCCCCUCAAAGAAAAGACCGACACCCCAUUAUUGCAAUACGAACCCGUGACUUGCAAAGCUCCUUGCAAAGCAGUACUCAACCCUUAUGCGAAUGUCGAUAUACGAGCUCGAAUCUGGAUUUGCCCAUUCUGUUUGAUGCGCAACCCCCUUCCACCACACUACAAAGACAUCACGGAAAACGCUAUACCUCCAGAGCUUCACCCUCAGAGCACCACGAUCGAAUACCGAUUGGCCCGUCCUGCCCCUGCUCCGCCGAUUUUCGUGUACGUUGUAGACACUUGUCAGGAAGAUGAUGGUCUCCAGGCUCUCAAGGACUCUCUCAUCAUGAGCUUGUCCCUCCUCCCACCUAAUGCGCUUGUUGGUUUGAUCACAUACGGAACUAUGGCGCAAGUCCACGAACUCGGUUACGGAGAGUGCGCCAAAUCUUAUGUCUUCCGCGGCAGCAAGGACUACACCGCCAAACAGGUGCAAGAGAUGCUUGGAUUGCUCAAUGCUGGUGUCCGUCCCGGUGCUCCCCAGCAGCCUGGUCGCAUGCCUCCUCCUCCCAUGGGUCCUGCGGCCCGAUUCCUCCUCCCCGUGCAACAGGCCGAGUUCCAGAUCACCAACAUCCUUGAGCAACUGCAGCGUGAUCCCUGGCCAGUCGCAAAUGAUAAGCGUGCUUUGAGAUGUACUGGUGUCGCCGUCAGUGUUGCGGUUGGAUUGUUGGAGACGUCUUUCCAGAAUGCAGGUGGACGUAUUAUGGUCUUCGCCAGUGGCCCGGCAACCGAAGGCCCCGGUAUUGUCGUCGGUCCAGAAUUGAAGGAACCUAUCCGAUCUCAUCACGACAUUGAUAGGGACAAUGUUAAAUAUUUCAAGAAGGCAGUCAAGUUCUAUGACAGCCUCGCCAAGCGCGCUGCACACAACGGUCAUGUAAUUGACCUCUUUGCUGGAUGUCUUGAUCAAGUGGGCAUGUUGGAAAUGAAGAACAUGGCCAACCACACUGGCGGUCAUAUACUCCUGACCGACAGCUUCACAUCGUCUCAAUUCAAACAAUCAUUUGUCAGAGUCUUCGAUAAAGAUGAGAACGACAAUCUCCUUAUGGGUUUCAAUGCAUCUUUGGAGGUUCUGACCACCAAGGAGCUCAAGGUCACAGGACUUAUCGGUCACGCUAUUUCAUUGAACAAGAAAUCGAGCAGCGUUGGAGAGACUGAAUGUGGUAUCGGUAAUACUUGCGCAUGGAAGAUGUGCGGUAUUGACCCUGCUGCCAGCUACGGUAUCUAUUUUGAGAUUGCGAACCAAGGCGGACCAGCACCGAUGCAACAGGGCCCUCAACGUGGCAUGAUGCAAUUCCUCACAUAUUACCAGCAUUCCUCUGGUCAAUUCCACCUACGUGUAACGACUAUUGCUAGGAACCUUAGUGGCCCAGCUGGUGACCCGGCCCUUGCUCAGUCUUUCGAUCAAGAAGCUGCCGCAGUCCUGAUGUCUCGUAUUGCUGUUUUCAAGGCUGAGGUUGAUGACGGCCCAGAUGUGCUCCGAUGGGUCGACCGCAUGCUUAUUCGUCUAUGCUCCCGCUUCGCCGAUUACAGGAAGGAUGACCCAACCUCGUUCCGACUCGAGAAGAACUUCACUCUUUACCCCCAAUUCAUGUUCCAUCUUCGCCGAAGUCAGUUCUUGCAAGUCUUCAAUAACUCUCCAGAUGAAACGGCUUUCUACCGACAUGUUUUGAACCACGAAGAUACUGGCAACUCUCUAAUCAUGAUCCAGCCUACUCUCGAUUCAUACUCUCUGGAACAAGAAGGCAGCCAACCUGUCUUGCUCGAUUCUGCCUCCAUUCAACCCACCCACAUCCUUCUCCUUGAUACAUUCUUCCACCUUCUCAUUUUCCAUGGAGAGACCAUGGCAGAAUGGAGGAAAGCUGGAUACCAGGACCAAGAAGGCUAUGAGAACUUCAAAGCCAUUUUGGAGCAACCGAAGGAGGAUGCUAGAGAACUAAUUGCGGACCGUUUCCCACUCCCCCGAUUCAUCAUCUGUGAUGCCGGUGGCUCACAAGCUCGUUUCCUGUUGUCAAAACUGAACCCCUCAACAACUCAUUCUACUGGAGGAUACGGUGGCGGUGUGACGGCACAAACCAUUUUCACGGAUGAUGUGUCGUUACAGACUUUCAUGGAGCAUUUGAUGAAGCUUGCUGUCUCAGGCACGAACUAA